AUGUGCAAAAUAUGGUCUGAAUUGAGUCAUGACACAACAUAUCAGAGAGAGAAUUGUAGCUUGAAAGUGAGUGCAGAGAAUUUAGUUAACAGCAGCAGCUUGUGUGCAUUUUGUAGCUCUGUAUGGUCUGUUAGUAAAGUAGUGAUUGCUCCUGACUAUGUGUCGCUCCAAUCUCUGUGCGUUUGUGGGUCCGCCCAACUUGAAGAUUUCGUAUCCUUUCACACCGACAUUCUUCUGGAUGAAAAUCUGAAUGCCAAGAUUUCUGAUUUUGGCUUUGCACAAAUACAGCUACCUGGUUACGCUGCUCCAGAAUAUCUUGCUACCGGUCGUGCGAGUCUGAAAUCAGACAUUUACGGCUUUGGAGUGACCGCGUGGAGGUUGCAUGAUAAGCGUCGCCUUACUCAGCUAAUAGAUCCUCGAUUAUUCAACGCAGGCCAUUUAACUCGCUCAAAAAGCAUAUCAGGAACAAUAAAUAUAGCCCUCCAGUGCAUUGGUUCCAACGCCAGAAGUCGUCCAUCAGCGUCACGUAUGUUAGAAAUGCUUUUAUCAAAAGAUCCCAAUCGCCACAACUCUUCUCAGCGUUGA